AUUGUUAACGAAGGAGUGUUCAUCAUGAAAUGCAGCAUUACAGCUGUGGUUCUACUCUCGAUUGCUUCGCAAAUCCAUUGCAUCGAUUGGUACACAUUUACGGAACAAGUCUACGGUGGCAUCCAAACAGGACUCUCUCAACUGAACUCCGCCGCUGCGGAUCUCAACCGGACAAUCAACGAACAACAAGAUGUGAUAGUGAACAGCAUUGAAGAUGUGACGCGUUACAUAAACGCAUCGCUGGCUGGUCUGUGGUCUCGCUAUCCCACAUUUAAACUGACAACAGAUCAACUGUAUGAUACAACCUACUACACGACUUACGUCCGUGACGUAUCGGAAAACUAUCGGAAGUCAGUGACUAACAACGUAAUGAUACCGGCCCAGGAUAUUGUCCGGAACAUUUUAAGCACUAUGGUCAAUUUCUACUCUUCGACAUUCAAUACAUGCUCGGAACAGAAAGCUAUGAGUUUAUCUCAGGCGAGUGCAUCCGUCGGUCGUCUGAAGGACUGUCUCUCAAUGGCACAUCCUUUUGCCCGAGGGCUGGCAAGUACGGUAAAAUCGUUGAUGGAGUAUGCUAAGGCGGGAGUACAGGUUGUUAUUGAUCAACAAAAAGUUUGUUCCCUGAGUUCAAGAAAUUGCACCAACAAAUACUUCGCGGAUUUGCCAGAUCAAUUAAAUAAAAUAAUAUCAGCUAUCGCUGAUUUGAGCAGCUUACCGUACGCCUUCGUAAAUACAGGAGGACCCAUCAACAAGGGGUGCGUGAAGUUAAUAUCAUUAGAUGUUCAAGAUAUAUUGCAAAAUAUUGCAAAUCAGAUGAGUGCGUGUCAGUGAUACUUAACCAGUAAACUAUAAUACCCAUAACGGACAAAAUUGUUGAGAAACCCCGAGUAAUUAUUACCUGUUGGCAGGGCCCGAAAUCUUCGAAGGUGAAAACUGAAGACCGACUCUACUCUCAGUAGAUUCGCUUCGACUAGAACUGCUUCGACAGUCGCCGUCAACAAAAAGUGACUUGAAUUGAAAAUGAAUUGACUAGCGUUGGCUAGCGAGGAUGACUGGUGAACUAGUCCAGCUAGUGGUUAUUUUAACUGACGCGACAAAUGAAUACAAAUCUGCCUCUUCA